GGCUGUAAAGUUCCCCAGCAGCAGCAGCAGGCAGGAUGCAGGCUGAAGCCACAGACUCCUCCCUGAGAGAGGGCAUCGAGGCGCUGGGGGUGACGGACACCGAAGCACCGGCAGCCAAAGAGGAAGAGAGCAACACAGAGCAACAGGAUGCAGAGAUGACAGCUGCUAAGGAGGAGGAGGAGGACGAUGCGUCCACCAAGGAGAACAUAGAGGGGAACACUGAAACGGGGGAGGAAGAAGCACAAAAGGACGAACCUCAGGCAGACACGGGGGUGGAUGCUGCGGUGGGAAAGCAGGCUGCUGCGGUGGAGAACGAGUGGGAGCUCGCAUAUAGCGACGAAGAAAUGGAGGACCCCAAGAACUGGAUGCCUCCUCCUGCAGAGAUUAAAAGACUCUAUGAGCUCCUAGCUAAAGGAGAAAUGCUGGAAUUGAACUUUGUGCCCCUUCCAAGAAGGCCCCCCACGCCGGAGCGUACGCCGUCACCGGAAAGAGACGACGAGGAAGACGAGACAAAGGAGAGGGAGCGGCAAGACCGGGAGCGCAAGCCUCCGACUCCAACUGAGUUUGACUUUGAUGAAGAGCAAACGCAAGCCACUCCGAAAAAUGCCUUUAUCAACAGACGCAGGACCCCAGGAUCUUCGGCCCGCUCCUCCGUCAAACGGGAAGCCCGGCUCGACAAGGUGCUGUCGGACAUGAAGCGGCAUCGCAAGAUCGAGGAGCACAUCAUGCGCACGGGGCGCGACCUCUUCAAGAGCGAGAAGAAGCUGGAGGAGGCGCUCUCCCCCAACAGCCAGAAGGAGCGGGAGAAGGAGCGCGAGCGAGACAGCAACCCCAACACCAUCUUCUCCCCGAGACAGCGGAGAUACUGAAGUAUUAAGAAAUGACUUGCCCAGAGGCAAAUGAGGCCAAGAGCUUUUCAAGGCUUUCCCAAAACUUGAAUUUUUGUAAUUUUAACGAGUUUUUGUAUGUUUUGUGUGUUUUGUAUAUUGGCAAUAAACCUUUAACCCUUGAGGAUCCAGUUACUCAUGCUGUGUGGGUGAAAUGUCACAUUCACAAUUAUGGGCAAAUUAAUAGACUUAAGCCACAUUUUUGGCAAAAAGAAGUACCUGGAUGUGUUCCUUGAGGCUAAUAAAGGAUGGAUUUUCUCCUUGAUC